CAAAGCCUGUAAACUAAACGGCCGGCUGCCUAUAGCUGAACGCCCUCGUAAUACGUACGUAACGUACAUAUCCACCACCAUGCAAUCAAAGAAGGCUCGCGUGGCAACAAAUGGCCGCGCAGCCUCCAGUAAUGUCGCCCUCGAUCUCUACCCCUUCAUCCGCAAGUACAACGACGGCUGCGUCGUGCGGUUCCUCACUAGCACCUUUGUGCCGGCAUCGGAGGACGGCGGCGCCGGCGCCGCACGAGGGGUCGCGACAAGGGAUGUCGCCAUCGACCGAGACAACGGCGUGUCCGCGAGGCUAUUCCUCCCGUCCGGUGCCGCCGCUGCCGCCGGCAGGAGGAGGCUUCCCAUCGUGCUCUACUUCCACGGCGGCUGCUUCUGCACGGAGAGCGCCUUCUGCCGCACGUACCACCGCUACGCCGCCUCCCUCGCCUCGCGCACCGGCGCCCUCGUCGUGUCCGUCGAGUACCGCCUCGCGCCGGAGCAUCCCAUACCCGCGGCGUACGACGACGCGUGGGCGGCGUUCCGGUGGGUGGAGUCGCUCUCCGACCCGUGGCUCGCGCAGUACGGCGACCUCCGCCGGACGUUCGUCGCCGGUGACAGCGCCGGCGGCAACAUCGCCUACCACACGGUGGCACGCGCCAGCCGCGAGAACGACGACGACGACAUCCAAGGACUUAUUAUGGUGCAGCCCUUCUUCUGGGGAGCCGAGAGGCUGCCGUCCGAGACGGUCUGGGACGACGGGGUGUCGGCGUUCCCCCCGUACAAGGUGGACGAGCUGUGGCCAUUCGUGACGGCCGGCCAGGCCGGGAACGACGACCACCGGAUCGACCCCGCCGACCACGAGAUCACGUCCCUGUCCUGCCGCCGUGUGCUGAUGGCCGUGGCCGGGAUGGACACGCUGCGCGACCGCGGCUGUCGGCUGGCGGCGCGCAUGCGCGGCGGCGCCGACGUGACGGUGGUGGAGUCGGAGGGCGAGGACCACGGGUUCCACCUCUACAGCCCUCUCCGCGCGACCAGCAGGAGGCUCAUGGAGAGCAUCGUGCGGUUCAUCAACCAGCCUAGCCAUAGCCCCGCGCCGCUGCGGUGGCCGGCCACCAUCCUUUCCGAGCUGCAUGACACUACCGACUCGCCACAGAUUCUUCUACCCAUGCCCACUAGGGAGUACAAAGCAGUAUUUAUUGACAGGUUGGAAAAGAGAACUAAAACAGGUGCAAGCUCAGCAAAUAGUACUGCUGCUAAUGCAUCGUUAACAAUCGGCCGGGGGAAAUUAGCAACAAAGAAAAGCUACGGGUUGUUCUUCGGCCGUACCAGAGCUCAUAUUUACGGAGGGUUAGCUUCUGCAGGGAGCCUGCAGUGUCCUCGUCCCUUAUGUGGAACACCGUUGUCAGGUUAGCUAAUCUCCGUGGCCAAUGACAAAGAGUUCUGAUGGGAUACGGUGUGUUUUACUACUGGGCGAUGACAAGAUGUUGUUUUAUAAUUAUUAUGUGGAAAAACAACUGUUCUGGUAAAAUCUCCCUAUAACGUAAGAAAAGCUGGUAUUAUGUCAAAAAAAUAUUUAAAUCAAUCAAGGAGCUAAGUACAAGU